AUGCACCUUGGACAUUACACCAAACUAUUGAUCUUACUGUUUCAGUUGUUUGGCAUUUGUUCCUGUUUAAAGUUUUAUAACCCACUAAAUACCCAACCUUCCUUUAUAAAUAACUCUUUUUUUGUUAAAAAAAAUCGAUUUAUCAGAUUAUUUUCGGAAACCGAAGACAAUAUGACAACCAGACCACGUGUGUUUUUUGAUUUAUCCGUCGGUGGACAAAAAGUCGGUCGUGUAGUUUUUGAGCUGUUCAGCGACGUUGUCCCCAAGACUGCCGAGAACUUCCGUCUGUUGUGUACCGGCGAGAAGAGCACGCCCUCUCAACUGCUACACUAUAAGGGAUCAACAUUCCACCGCGUCAUUCCGCAGUUCAUGUGCCAGGGCGGCGACUUCACCCGCCACAACGGCACCGGCGGAAGGAGUGUGUACGGAGAGAAAUUUGCGGACGAGAACUUUAAGCUGAAGCACGACAGGCCUUACCUGUUGUCCAUGGCAAAUGCGGGACCAAAUACCAACGGCUCCCAGUUUUUCAUUACAACGGUCGUCACGAGCUGGCUGGACGGCAAGCACGUCGUCUUCGGAGAGGUCGUCGAGGGCAAAGACGUGGUUAAGAAGGUCGAGGCGGUUGGAACUCCAAGCGGCUCUCCAACUAAGAAGGUGGUCAUAGAGGACUGCGGCCAACUUGUAAUUAUUGAUAUAAACUAUUCAUGA